UCCUUCUCUCAUUCUGUAGCUCCCUCACCCUGCUACUCCCUCUCCACCUCUGUCUGUCUGUCUCUCUUUCUCUCUCUCACACACACACACUCUGCUGCAGACAUGGCUGAUGCUUUCGUUGGCACAUGGAACCUGAAGACGACCGAGAAAUUUGAAGAAUACAUGACGGCACUGGGUGUGGGCUAUGCUUUACGCAAGUUAGGCUCCAUGACCAAGCCCACCACUGUUAUCUCAGUGGAGGGAGACAGUGUGACGGUGAAGACCCAGAGCACCUUAAAGAACACAGAGCUCACCUUCAAGCUGGGAGAGGAGUUUGACGAGACCACCGCCGACGACAGGAAAGUCAAGUCCCUUGUAACAUUGGAGGACGGUAAGAUGGUGCACAUACAGAAGUGGGGCAGCAAGGAGACGUCUCUGGUCAGGGAAGUCAACGGAGAUGCUCUCAUACUCACACUUACAAUGGGAGAUGUUGUUUGUACACGUCGCUAUGAAAGGGCACAGUAAGCUGAAGCCCUGGUUCCACUGACUCCCGACACCACCUCCACCCAGGCUGAGCAUGGUGGCUGCAGAAUCAACCCAUUACAUUCUGUGUACUGUCAGCACUGCUGCUGACCGUGACAUCACCUCCCGCCAUCUCUUUAUACUGUCUGUGGUGUUCCUCUUAACCAAGAGAGACAACAGACGAAGAUUCCCAUUCGAUGUUCUAUUGUUUUAUGUUCUCUCAAAUGGCCUUUGGUUUUUAUUUUAUUUUGUUUUUUAGAAAAUGUGUUCUGCACAAUGCCUGUAAAAGUGUUUGACGAUUUGUUCCAAGUAUUGAGAACUGAAAAAUAAAAAAGUGACCACACUGGCAAAA